AUGGACAACGAGCAGCCACAUCAAGAGUUGGUCAAGUGCGUCCUGGUGGGGGAUACUGCAGUGGGCAAGACGCGCCUGAUCUGCGCUAGAGCCUGCAACAAGCACGUCUCGCUAUCCCAGCUACUUUCCACCCAUGUUCCAACUGUCUGGGCCAUCGACCAGUAUCGCAUCUACAAAGAUGUUCUCGAACGAUCUUGGGAGGUGGUUGAUGGAGUCAAUGUUUCCUUGCGUCUUUGGGACACUUUCGGGGAUCAUGACAAGGAUCGUCGCUUUGCCUAUGGACGGUCCGAUGUGGUGCUUCUUUGUUUCUCGAUUGCAAGCCCGAUUUCCCUGCGAAACUGCAAGGCCAUGUGGUACCCGGAAAUUCGCCGUUUCUGCCCAGACGUACCGGUUAUACUGGUAGGUUGUAAAAACGACCUGCGGUAUAUGUACCGAGAUGAGAACUAUCUUUCGUAUUUCGGCGAAAAGGGCACUUUUGUUCGAGCCGCUUUAAAAAGUGAUCUGGUCAUGCCGGAUGAGGCGCGUGCCGUGGCCAAAGAGCUGGGCGUGGCCUAUUACGAGACGAGUGUAUUCACCUACUUUGGGGUGAACGAAGUCUUUGAGAACGCUAUCCGGUCGGCGUUGAUCGCUCGGCGGCAGCAGCGCUUCUGGAUGACGAAUCUGAAGAAGGUGCAGAAGCCACUGCUCCAGGCACCGUUUCGGCCACCAAAGCCACCACCACCAGAGGUCACCGUUAUGGUCGGUAAUUAUCGGCAGGAUAUAUACAACAUGUUCCUGUCGCAGGCUUACACAGAUCUCGUCCUGUUGGGUUCGGGUGGUGCGAAGUUCGCCGUGCAUCGUUUCAUGCUGGCCGCCGCAUCAAAUAUCUUUCAGCGACUGCUGAGCACCGAACUAAGUGAUAUGGGAGGCCGGAGCAGCAGCGAAUCGAGUAUGGUGAGCUCCACGUUUGGGGAAGCCACUAUAGCUGAUUUCAACGACGAUACCGAGUCUUUAAUCCGCUACGAAACACGCACACAACGUAUGUGGGAGCAUUUGAAACGGCGCUCCAGUUAUCAGGCCUUACCUUUGAUGGAGUCGAAACGGUCGAGCGAUCUGUACAGGGAGCUGCAUCAUCCAGUUCUUCAAAGCAUUCGUCUGGUGCAUAUGGAGAACCAGCGCGGUGUGAACGGACUCCAGACCAUUGUCACCCUCAGCAAACUCAUCUCCCCGCAAGCGCUGAACCAAUGCCUCAGAUUCAUUUACACCGGAACCAUUGACAAAGAUUGCAAUAAUCUGCAAGAAAUUAGAGAAGCUGCCGAUCUGUUAGAACUGCCGCAACUAACUCAGCUACUGUCCAGACCCUCAACAGUCUUGGAGAGCUCCAGUGAUGAUCCAAGCCCGCACAUUUGUCUUCGCAUCAAAGAAAGCUUAGAGCGACAUUGCAUUGGCGAUGGAUGCUUUAGCGAUGUCACCUUCGAGCUGGAUGAUGGUCUCAUGAAGGCUCACAGAGCUGUCUUGGUAGGCCGUUGUGAUGUCAUGCGUGCCAUGUUGCUGGGCGACUUCCGUGAGGCGCAUUCAAAUGUGAUUGUGUUCCCUGGCGUUACCAUUUACACAUUCCAUAAGCUGCUGUGCUAUCUGUACACUGACCAGAUUCCGCCAAUUUCGGCUGUCAAGUGCCUAAAUUUACUGGAGCUGGCCAACCGACUCUGCCUGCCGCGUCUCAUCAAUCUGGUUGAAUGCCGCGUCAUCGAAGAUCUCACACUGAUUUCCCAAAAUGAAACAAAUGAAACGGUGGACCACUGUUUAAAGUUACUGGAGCCUGUUAAGCUGCACAACGCACACCAGUUGGCCGAGUGGUGCAUGUCGUACCUGUGCGUCAAUUACAACAUUAUUUGUAAGUUUUCACUCAAGGGCCUGAAGGCCCUGCACCAGGAUAAUCAGGAGUACCUGCGCGAACAUCGCUGGCCUCCAGUGUGGUAUCUGAAGGACUACGACUACUAUCAGCGAUGUCUCAACGAGUUGAACAAGGAGAUAAAGCUGAAAACCUCACGUCGGGAGUCGCCGAAUGAUGACGAGGGCUGUCUCUGCUUCACCGGAGUAUUCUCUUGCUGGCUGCUAGGUAAAUCGAAGCGCAGCGAAGCCACUGGAACUGCAGAGAACAGCAAUGCCGAUAAUCAAAUCUUCAAUAGCGCCGGAAACUCGAUCAACCACAUCGAUUUGGAGGCGGAUAUGGAUCUGAAUCUCUGACACCCGGCCCUCGGGCAAGGAAGAUCACUGCGCUUCAUUGUGAUCCUGCCGGUCCUGAUCUGUUUCAUCUGUACGAUUUUAAGUAUUUUGAUACUUUUCCAAAUCCAUACAUAACAAACCUCAAGGACACACAAUUGGCGAGUCUGCUUUUGACAUAACGCAAUAUACAUAUAGAGGAGCGCAAAUUUGCCUUAGGGAUUACUGUAUAGACCAGUCCAACAUAGCUCGACCCAGAACAAAGGAGCAUUUUACCAAGUGCUUCGGAUUUCUUAUAUUUAUACGCCUAUAUAUACAUAGAGAUAUAUUAUGCAAAGCAUAGACGAGUACAUGCACAUGCACCUUGGCGAUGCGAUACGUUUCGCUCUAAUGCCUUACGAUAUAUCGAUGUACACCUCACCUGGCUCGCCUGGCUCCGAAGGAUUCGUCGAAGGAGGUGUAUAUCCUUAUACUUGUACCCUGAACAAAAACAUGUAUGUAUAUGUAUAUUUUUGAAUUCCUACUUACGGAAACAUUUGUCUAGCCAUAGCCCUAAGCAAACUUUAUGAUAAGGACGCAUUUUGUACAGAAUGAUAGAAUAAAGCAAUUACGAAUA